CUGGGAGCCGAGAGGUUUUGUUUUCGUCGCUCCAGCCAUGCUUGUCGAGUAUGGCUCCUCCUCCGAAUCCGAGGACGAGUACGAUGACUCGCUAUCCUUCUCUUUCGAUGUUGAGGACGGUUACAAGAUGGCUGACGACACCGCGAGCAGCGCGAUCCCUCGAUCCAGCAGAAACGAGCUGCGGGCGAUGGGGUUCUCAUCAUCGCUCAUCGAUCGCGCCAUGGAGAUUUCGGAUUGCGGCAGUGUGGAGGAUCUCGCGUCAAAGAUCCUCGCAAUGCAGGAGCACACCUCUCUCGAAGAUAUUUUCAGGGGCAAACUUUCGGAAGAGAUGAUCGCGAACGCUCGCAAGGAAUGUGGUGCCAAUGCCCAAGACUCAGCCAUAGCUGAUUACAUUUUUUCGCAGCAUCCAGAUCUGCUUCGAGCAGAGGAGGCAUCGGACAAACAUCUACAUGGUAGACUCAAAUCCAUGGGCUUUUCAGACGAGCAGAUAGCUAAUGCGCUCGGAUUGUUCGGAAACGAUGCGAAGCUCGAGGACGUCGUCGAGCAUAUCUUCGCCAAGGAAGCCGCACCACGGCUUGAAGAAAAACCAGACCUUGCAAGGAUCUACCGAGAGUGGGACGAAGAAUCAAGGCCAGGAAGCAGCAGCCGGAGAGUUGACACCACGGACGGGAAAAGGAAACGAGAAGACGAUACCUUCUUCGCCAACUUCGACGACUUGGAGGACAACUUCGAUGGCUUCCUGCCGGAGCAGCGAAACCAAGGCGAUGGGAUGGGCUUUGGCAUACCGGGGCAGCCACCAAGAUCAAGAACGCUGCCAUCUUCUAGUCUCCCUCCACCGUUCUUCUACUUCGAGAACGUAGCGAUCAUGCCUCGCGGGAGCUGGGAGGACAUCACCAGGUUUCUCGACGGCAUCGAGCCAGAGCUCGUCAACUCCAAAUGGUUUUGCGCUGCGUCCAGGCCGCGAGGCUACGUCCACAACCUCCCCGUCAAAGGAAGAAGAGCGCUGCCUCCGGGACCGAUGACGAUCCAGGAGCUCGUCCCAGGGAUGGAGAACGUCCGGCCGCCGUGGGACAAGCGCGUCAAGCUCAACUGCAUCACCACCUCGAGCGACCGAGCUGCUCGCGUUCAGGCCAGCGCCGAGGCGUUCUACAACGACGACGACGUCGAUCCUCAAGUCUUCCUCGACAUGAAGAGAGCCAACCUCGUCUGGCGCGGCCGGGGGAUCCUGGCGCCGCUCGAAGUCCAGGAGCUGGAAGUAGUGCAAGGCUUCGACGUCGGGCACACGAGCUCCGGCCAGUCACCGGCCGAGCGGAUCAAAGCUCUCGGGAACGCCAUGCAAGUCCACACGGUGGCAUGGCAUCUCUCGGUGCUGGCGGCGCUCUUCCCAACCGGUAUCCGCGUCCUCUCGCUCUUCUCGGGGAUCGGCGGCAUCGAGGUGGCGUUGGAGAAGCUCGGUAUUCCAAUCAAGUUCCUCGUAAGCGUCGAAACCAACGCGGACUGCCACCGAGUUCUUCGCAGCUGGUGGCAUAGAACCAGGCAGCGAGGAACACAUAUCGUCUUGGGCGACGUGACGGAGCUGUCUCGAGAGAGGAUCGAGGAGCUCGCUGCUCGAGCCGGGGGUGGCUUCGAUCUGGUGGCCGGUGGAAGCCCGUGCAACAACUUCUCGGGUAACAACAGGACUUCUCGGACUGGGAUCACUGGCGAUAAGUCGCGGCUCUUCUUCGACUACGUGAGGAUUCUCACCACGGUGAGAAGCAUCAUGGCCAAGUCGGCGUCGUGAUCGAAUCCACCAGGCAAGUUCUUUUUUGGUCGUGGUCUUUGCUACAAGAUUUUCCUUUUUUCAGCAUGGCUGCAAAAUCGUUUUUUGAUCUAACUUUGACAGAUUUUCCGGCUUUGUGGCAAUACUUUGAUAACAAGAUCUUUUCUUUGGUUUGAUCUUCGAGAUUCGGAUUGAUCUGAUCACAGAGACGCAUAGAAAAGUCGUGUUUUCGUCCAGGCCGACUC